AUGGAUCAAUGCCAUUGCAAACGUUGCGGUAAAUUAGUGUCACACAGUGAGAAUCACCCUUGCUUCAUUAACAAGAAAUUUGACUACAGGUAUUUACAAUCACGGCCAGCAGAAUCGGAAAAACACCAUGAUAAAGUAAAAGACAAAUCUACGGAGAAUCCGAAUGACAGUUCUAAUGAAAAAGAAAAAUAUCUUUCCCCAAAGUACAACUGGUGUACGAUUUUUUCAGAGAAUUUCAUUAAUGAACAACUAAGGAAUUCUUGUGAUAGUUCAUAUUAUGAUCCCAUUUCAGAUGUUCAGAUGAUCCAAACUAAUGUAAAUGCUACUUCAGAAAAUGUUAUGUCCAGUUACAGACCUGAAAACUACCAACGCGAAGCUUAUGAAGAUCUGAUCGUUGUCACCGGAGCAAGCGCUAUCGAUAUGCAAAAGCAAAUAAUAUCAGAUUUGAUGCAUGCGACAACUGAUGUAGAAUAUAAGAUGUCUCUUGAAAAGAGCAAAUGGCAGACUUUGAAUAACGAUAAAAAUAGUUUUAUGGACUCUCUAGAAUGUGUUAUAAGAAAUUCUCUUCCAGAUAAUAAAAAUAAUUCUGGAACUGCGAAUGUCAUUUUAGAAACUGAUCUUCUACCAGAAAGUAAGAAGCAAAGAAAUGGCAAAAUGGAUGUAUCAGAGAAUAUAAAUGAACAUAUUUCACUGGAAGUGCACUCUCGUCUUUAUUAUAAGAACGAGAAAAGGGCUGCCAACGCGAAAGAAGCAAUAUGUAACAAGGAAAAUGACAAUGCUGUGGCUGGACCUUCCGGAUUCAAUUCUCGUAAGAAGAAAUCAGAUAAGACCUCCAGUGAAAAAGAUACUCUUAAAACAAAUUAUCGAACACGCACUGACGACAGGCAUUUUAUAUGCGUUAUAUGUAAUAAACAAUUCUCUAAAAAAUCAAAUCGUGACCAACAUUACAGAACGCAUACUGGCGAAACGCCUUAUGUUUGUGAUGUAUGCGGAAGAAAAUUUUCCCAUAUAGGAAAUCACAACAGACAUUAUAGAACCCACACAGGCGAAAGACCUUUCGUGUGCGACUUCUGUGGAAAAGGUUUUGCUGAUAAAGAUAAUCUCAAGAAACAUGUUAGGACUCACACUGGAGAAAAGCCUUUUGUAUGUGAAGUUUGUAAUAAAGCCUUCGCUGAAAAGGAUACUCUUAAAGUACAUGCUCGUACCCAUUCUGGAGAAAAGCCUUAUAAGUGUCCAAUUUGUGGAAAAGCUUUCACGACCAGCAGCGGUUCAAAUUUGAUUGCGAAUCCUGAUCUCCCAUCAGGAAGUGAAGAGCCGGAAAAUGGCAAGAGGCAAAUGUCAGAGGGUGAGAAUAAUGAACAUACAUUACUGGAAGUGCACUCUCAAGGUCACAAUAAGAACAAGAAAAUGGCUACAUACGUGAAGGACCCUAUCCCUUUCAAGGAAGAUGACAAUGCCGUGGCUGGACCUUCGGGAAUGAGUCCUCAUGAGAAGAAAUUUUCUUGCAGUUUAUGUUCUAAGGAAUUCAAUUAUAAAUAUAAUCUCUACAGACAUUAUCGAAUCCACACUGGCGACAAACCCUUCAAGUGCUAUGUAUGUAAUAAACAAUUCUCUCAGAAAGUAAAUCUCGACGCACAUUACAAAAUCCACACUGGCGAAAAACCUUAUGCUUGUGAUAUAUGCGAAAAAAAAUUUAACAGUAAACACAAUCGCGACACUCAUCAUCGAACCCACACCGGUGACAGACCUUUCGUGUGCGACGUUUGUAAUGAAGGUUUUACUCAAAAGGUGAUUGAAGUUCAAACUAAAGCAAAUGCAUCGUUUGUAAUUUCUUCAGAAAAUAUUGAAUCUUAUUCGGGAUCUGAAAACGAUCAUCGCGAAGCUUUAAAAAAAACGAUAAUUAUCACUGGAUCAAGUGUUGUUGACAUUCAAAGACAAAGUGGAUCAGGUGUAUCAGAUCUUAUGCUCGCAAUAGCUGCUGAAGAAUAUAAAACGUCUCUUGAAAAGGGAAAAUGGCAGACAUUGAAUAACAACAAAAAGAAUUUUAUGGAUUCUCUAGAAUGUGUUAUCAGAAAAUCACAUUCAGAUAAUAAUAAUAUUUCUGGAACUUCGAAUUCGACUAUAAAUCUUGAUCUCCCAUCAGGAAUCCAGGAGCCAAGAAAUGGCAAAAUACAUGCGUCAUAG